AGGCAGAAAGGGCAGACUCCAGCGUAAAUUUCCAGGCAACAAGUGGCUGACUUCGCCGCGCAAUGCGCCCUCUCCAUUCUCGUCGCCUUAGCACUAAAAGUGGUUUUGCCGGCCUACCGGCUGGCUGGCUGACGUUGAAAUGCUGGUGAUGAUCGGCAAGGAGUGCACUGCCUACCGGCUGGCUGGCUGUUGCCAGACGGUCUGAAACUAGUAGGGUCACGAGUAGUCGCGAGUACUAGUUCUAAUACCGCUACCAGAAGUUUAACUACUACUAUACUACCGCUAUUCAGCAGCAGUGAAUUUGUCCACGAGCCGAGCGCGAUGCGGGCGGCCACGGUAAUAAUGUCAACGCGCCUACUGUCGACGCGUCUACUGUCGACGACAGUCGUGGCGCUGCUGGCGCUAAACAGAGUGUUUCCAGUGACCACUGCAAUAGAAGACCGGUUUGUCCCCCCCCAUGUGGACUUUGAGUACCCGGACGCCCUCUGUGGCACGGCAUGGCGGGACGAUUACAUCCGCCUGCACUCCGCCAUUCGCGCCGCCAGUGCCGCCGCCUACAACUCCCCUCCUCCCUCUCCUCCUCCUCCUCCCCCUCCUCCUCCCCCGGCCCCAUCUCAAGGAAUCAAUGCUCCUUCUCCCUCCUCCCUUGCCCCUCUUCUGUCUUCCGCUGCCCCACUACAACCGGCCCCCCCACCAACCUCGCCCCCACUCCCACCACCAGCCUCCGCCCCCGCCCCUUCUCCCACCACUGCACCCCUCCCGCCCUCCUCCCCCCGGUUUCUCACGUUCGACCAGCCGGGGCCGUGCGGCGGCUUCGGGGACUUCCUAGUGGGGGUGGUGUCGCUCUUCGCCGUCGCGUUGCUGGACCGCCGGGCGUUCAUAAUCCGCCACGACUGCCUCCCAUACGCCUUUGAGCCCGCGUUCAUCGACUGGCGAGAGUCCCCCGAUGUCCCCCUGGAGCCGUCUUAUCAAGGGAACUAUGUAAAUGGGACGUUUCCGGAGGAGAGAAUUCCGCGUAUAAACCUGCACGAUCAAAGAGUGGAUUUGCAGGAGUUUGCGAAACUAAAGGCGUUUAGGAAUGUGAGGGUGCUGUGGAACCGCGGCAUGCUAACGGAGAUUCUUACAAGGGGGACGGGCGAGUGGGCGGAUGCGCUCAGGGCGACGGGGUUGCGCCCACCGUAUGCCUUCGGUUGCAUUCUCCGAUUCCUCGUCAGACCCAGGAAGGAGAUAUGGCCGCUGAUGGAGCACCUGCUACACGAGAUGCAAGGGGCGCGGACAGUGACGGUGGGGGUGCAUGUGCGGCUGAACGACGGGGUGAUAAAGAGAGAUAACGUGUCGGAGGAGAGUGUGAAUGCGACCACCAUGCUUAAAGCCCUGAGGAGCGUCAACUUCAUGCUCGACUGUGCCCGGGCAGUAGAGGACAUGUGGUACCCGCCACCCCUCUCCGUGCGCUGGAUGCUCAUCACCAACUCCAUUCACUACAAGAUGGCCGUGCGAGAGAAUUUCCCUGGCAAGGUCUUGGAGACAAAUUUCGUUCCGCAUCAUUCCGCAGAAUUCGGGCAGAAAGGGGAUCCAAAGGAAGUGCAAGGCUUUCGAGAGAUGGUUGCCGAUUGGCUGCUGCUUUCCAGAAGCCGAGUGUUUGUGAUCAUGGUGUCUGGUUUCUCCCGCACUGCCGCAAUGUUCUCUCUAAGACCCACAGCUAUAUUCACCCCUCUGAAGCACUGUGAUCCGGAAACACCUUAUUUGUUGAGUGAUUUUGGCCUUGAAUACAGUGGCAUUUGAUGGACUCAACUACUGAAGAGUAUCCACGACAUCUCCUUAUUUGCAGAAGUGCACCGAUACCAUAUCUGGAAAAAGACAGCCUAAUCAAGGUGUAUUGUUUCG